CAUCCACCCAUCCUCCUCCACUCCCCCCCCUCUCCUCUCCUCUCGCUCGCUCAGCCUCAGCCUCACCCCCUCACUGCGUCUCCCAGUCCGGCCGCAUCCACGGCCGCGCCGCGUCGCCACUCAGCUCACCCCGUCCCGUCUCUGCCUCCCCGUACCGCACUCUUGCACUGCACACCACCAGCGCAUCGCAUCUGGCCUGGCCACCUGACCUCCCCCGCCCUCCCUCUUCUUUACCCGAGGUGGCAGCGAGGCGCCUCCUCGCUUUUCCGCUUUCCCACUUCGCCUCGCUCUUGUCCCCAAUCGUCCCGAUCCGGCACCCGCGCAAUGCCGCCGCCGCCGCACUACUAUCCCGUCCUGCUGCCGCUACUGGUUCUUGCGGCUGUGGCGGGCGGGGGAGGGGGAGAGGCAGAUGGACUGGAGCGGACGUACAUCGUGCGGGUGGACGCCGACGCGAAGCCGUCGGUGUACCCGACGCACGCGCACUGGUACGAGGCGGCGGUGCUGGCGGCGGCCGGCGAUGGCGCGGGGUGGCCGGAAGGGGGCCCGCUGAUCCACACCUACUCGGCCGCCUUCCACGGGUUCUCCGCGCGGAUGUCCCCCGCGGCCGCCCAAGCGCUGGCGUCCGCGCCCGGGGUGGCGGCCGUGGUGCCCGAGCGCGUGCGGCAGCUCGCCACCACGCGGUCCCCGAGGUUCCUCGGCUUGCUGUCCUCCCCGCCGUCGGCGCUGCUCGCGGACUCCGACUUCGGGGCUGACCUGGUCAUCGCCAUCGUCGACACCGGCAUCUCCCCCGCGCACCGCAGCUUCCACGACCGCGGGCUGGGCCCGGUCCCGAGCCGGUGGCGCGGGGUGUGCGCGUCCGGGCCCGGGUUCCCGCCCAGCGCCUGCAACCGCAAGCUCGUCGGUGCGCGGUUCUUCUCCAAGGGGUACGAGGCCACCUCGGGACGCAUGAAUGAGACGGCGGAGGUCAGGUCCCCGCUCGACACCGACGGGCACGGCACCCACACCGCGUCUAUCGCUGCGGGGAGGUACGUGUUCCCGGCGUCCACGCUUGGGUACGCGCGCGGCGUGGCCGCCGGGAUGGCGCCCAAGGCGCGAUUGGCAGCGUACAAGGUGUGCUGGGUGGGUGGCUGCUUCGACUCCGACAUUCUCGCGGCCUUCGACGCCGCCGUCGCCGACGGUGUCGAUGUGGUUUCGCUCAGCGUCGGUGGCGUUGUUGUGCCGUACUACCUCGACGCGAUUGCUAUCGGGGCGUUCGGCGCCACCGAAGCCGGUAUCGUCGUCUCUGCUUCGGCCGGCAAUGGUGGUCCCGGUGGGCUCACGGUGACCAAUGUGGCGCCCUGGAUGGCCACCGUCGGGGCUGGCUCCAUGGACCGCGCGUUCCCGGCCAAUGUGCGGCUCGGCGACGGGCAGGUGCUCGACGGCGUGAGCGUGUACGGGGGGCCAGCGCUCGAGUCCGGCAGGAUGUACGAGCUGGUGUACGCCGGGGCGAGCGGCGACGGCGGCGGCGGAGCUUCGUCCGCGUCCGACGGGUACUCGGCGUCGAUGUGCCUCGACGGCUCGCUGGACCCAGCCGCAGUGCACGGCAAGAUCGUGGUGUGCGACCGCGGCGUGAACUCGCGCGCCGCCAAGGGCGACGUGGUCCACCGCGCGGGUGGCAUCGGAAUGGUGCUAGCCAACGGGGCGUUCGACGGCGAGGGCCUUGUCGCCGACUGCCACGUCCUUCCGGCGACCGCCGUCGGCGCGGCUGCGGGCGACAGGCUCCGCAAGUACAUCGCGUCGUCCACCAAGCAGAGGCCCGCCACGGGUACCAUCCUGUUCGAGGGCACCCACCUGGGCGUGCACCCGGCGCCGGUGGUGGCGGCGUUCUCGGCGCGCGGCCCGAACCCGCAAUCCCCGGAGAUCCUGAAGCCGGACCUGAUAGCUCCCGGCCUCAACAUCCUGGCGGCGUGGCCCAGCGGCGUCGGCCCGGCCGGCAUUCCCUCGGACAUCCGCCGCACCGAGUUCAACAUCCUGUCAGGCACGUCCAUGGCCUGCCCGCACGUGUCCGGGCUCGCCGCGCUGCUCAAGGCGGCGCACCCGACCUGGAGCCCCGCGGCGAUCAAGUCGGCGCUGAUGACCACGGCCUACGUGAGGGACAACAGCAACGGGACGAUGGUGGACGAGUCGACGGGCGCGGUGGCCGGCGCGUUCGACUUCGGCGCCGGGCACGUGGACCCGAUGCGCGCCAUGGACCCGGGUCUGGUGUACGACAUCGGGCCGGGGGACUACGUCAACUUCCUGUGCAACCUCAACUACACGGAGCAGAACAUCCGCGCCAUCACGCGGCGGCAGGCGGACUGCCGCGGCGCGCGGCGCGCCGGGCACGCGGGCAACCUCAACUACCCGUCGAUGUCGGCCACGUUCGUCGCCGCGGCGGACGGCGCCAGGGAGACGACGACGAUGAGGACGCACUUCAUCCGGACGGCGACCAACGUGGGCGGGGGCGGGAAGGCGGUGUACCGCGCGUCGGUCCAGGCCCCCGAGGGGUGCAACGUGACGGUGCAGCCGCGGCAGCUGGCGUUCCGGCGCGACGGGCAGCGGCUGAGCUUCACGGUGCGGGUGGAGGCCGCGGUGGCGGCGGCGCCCGGGAAGAGGAUGGAGCCCGGGAGCUCGCAGGUGCGGAGCGGCGCGCUGACGUGGAGCGACGGCAGGCACGUCGUCCGUAGCCCGAUCGUGGUGACGGUGCAGGCGCCAUUGCAGUGACUAGUACUGAUGACCGCGGAUGGAGCCGGAGCUGUGGUGAGGCCAUCGACGGGAGGUGGGGGAGAACACAGUCUCAGUGUUCUUUGUGAGUCCUCAAGGUUUUUAGCUUUUCUGUAUUAAUUAAGGUUGCUGUUAGCUGUAGAAUACGGUCGUGGAAGAGCUGUAUCGGUAGCUACUACGUAAGCUAUUAUAUACUGGAAGUCUGGAGCUCGUCGAUCUCCGGUCGUCUUCCUCCAUUUCUCCUCGUCUUGCUUUGACUGCUGCUACCAUUUGCUUCUGUUUUCUGAUGAAGCAUGCCAUGUCGGCCACCAGUGUUUGUGUGGUUUUUGCA